CGCGGAAGUGUCAGUGACGUGACGCACUCGGUCAGAUGGAGACAGUGAAAUAAUCAAAACAUCGCGUUUUCCUCAGGCCGAGGGAGAGGUCGUAAUUAAUGUUUUUUUCCAUCAUGCUGUUGCUGGUGGGCCGGUUCCUGUGUUUGUGAGCGCUACACUGGCCUGCUGGGAUGAACAUGCCACUGCAUCAGAUCUCUGUCAUCCCCCGGGAUGUUACUUCCUCCAGGGGGUCUGGCAGCAGCGGAAAGGCUAAGGAUAAGGACAAGGACCGGGACAAACAGAAUGAGAAACCACUGGGUCAUUCUGCAAGCAGGUCCAGCAACAUUUCAAAGGCAGGAAGCCCGACUUCUGUGAACGCCCCAUGUGGCUUUUCUCGAACUUCUGUCACGCCUUCAAACCAGGACAUCUGCAGUUCUAAUGCUUGUGCUCCAGCUCAGGAGCAGGUCUCUCAGAAUCCCGCACAGACUGCUGUGGUUUUGCUCAAUUCCACUGAUAAAUGCUGGCCACCACAGAGCAUCACUAUGACAACUCUCUGUCUUGAGUCAUCCAUCAAACCCAAAAAUAAAUCUGUCUUUGGAGCCGAGUGGCUGUCACUGUUAAAGCCCUCGGUCAACCUCAGGCCGCACGACAGAACGCUCAAGUUCUCCAAGUCCCUCAACGAUGUGGCUCAGAAGAUGGACGGUCUGUGCAGCCUGCACUUCGCUGAACGCACAUGCUCAGAUGGCGAGUUGCGCUCUGAUACUAAAGGAGAUGCAGAAUGUGGGCACCAGGCCAAGUCUCUCGUGGUCAAGUUGAAUCACCUGCCUCCUCUAUACCCCUCUCAGCACACCUCCUACUCCACCACAUAUAGCUAUGCGAGUGCUCACCCUUCUGACAUGCAGAAAAGCUCCAAUCUGCUACGCUUCUUCUUCCCAUUCUCACGCUCCUCCACAGCGGGCAGCUUGCCUUUGGGCGAGCUGGCCUCCUGUGCCAAGCCAUCCAGUGCCUUGCUGGUGAAUGAGGUAUGCAGUGAGGAGAUGGGUGAUGACGAUGUGUUUGAGGAGGAAUACUCGGGAUGGAGGCUGAAGGCUGGGGAGCAGCACGCUCCUCUCUGCUCUCUGGAGGAAGAUGGAGAUCUGGAUCGCUGCUUCUCACCACUGAUGGAGAAAACAGGUCCACCCUCGCCGUACUCUCUGACUGGGGAUUGCUGCAGGAUUUGUCACUGCGAAGGUGAUGAGGACAGUCCGCUGAUCACGCCGUGCCACUGCACUGGCAGCCUGCGCUUCGUGCACCAGGCCUGUCUGCAGCAGUGGAUCAAGAGCUCAGACACACGCUGCUGUGAGCUCUGCAAGUUCGAGUUCAUCAUGGAGACCAAACUAAAGCCACUGCGCAAGUGGGAAAAGCUGCAGAUGACAGCCAGCGAGAGGAGGAAGAUCAUGUGCUCCGUCACUUUCCAUGUCAUUGCCAUUACGUGCGUGGUCUGGUCACUGUACGUCCUGAUCGACCGCACUGCAGAGGAGAUCAAACAAGGGAUUCUGGAGUGGCCUUUCUGGACCAAGCUUGUGGUGGUGGCUAUCGGCUUCACCGGUGGACUGGUUUUCAUGUAUGUGCAAUGCAAAGUCUAUAUCCAGCUGUGGAGGAGACUUAAAGCCUACAACAGAGUGAUAUAUGUGCAAAACCGUCCAGAGACCUACAAAAAGACUAUUUUCGAUAAACCUGUACUUAUGGAACCAAACUUGGAUAAUAAAGAAGGUUUUGGGCCAGCGCAGUCAGACACAAACUCUUCACAGUAUACAGAGACUGAGGACUACAGCAUGGAGAUACUGCACGUGUGAGCAGCGCACGCACAGCCCAAAUCCACGGGACCAGAUGACACUUCGCCUUCUGCCAGGGGACAGUUGGCACCACACAGCACCGGGCAGAGUAACUGAGACGGAACUCCUUCUGUUUUUUAGGUGUUUUUUUUGUUUUUGUCUGUUCUGUUUCUGUAAGUUGUUGGCUAUCCAUUAUGAGUCGGUGUGCACCAGGUCCAACUACUGCCAUUGUACUGCUCUUGUACAAGAUGUGUGAAGCACCACUCGAGCUGUGUACAUCUGUACUCACCGUGUGUGUGUGUGUGUAUGUGUGUGUGAUUGACUAGGUGUCUCUGCUCUGGUUCUAAUGGAGUCCUUAACGCAUUUAAGCACUUUUUAGUUCCCUCUUUUAAGGCUCUCCUGUUUUAAUACCCAUACAUUUAUAUAUUCAUGAGAAAAAAAAACAAGCUUGAAGUUUGGAGAGAUUUUCUUGCAUUUUAUAUGACAUUUUCUAUUCCCACACAUACUUUUGAUGUAAAAACUGGAAAUUUGAGGAGUUAAAGGUAAAUAGACAUGUUUUUAGAGUGAUCAUGCCAUCUUUCAUAAAAUAAAAAAAAAGGAGGGGGGGGGGGUAUUUUCUGAGCUGAUCAGUCUUUUUCAUUUGUUUUUAUUUGUUAUUUAAUUUAUUCUUAAGGUGAUCCUUGUUCAAAAUUAAAUCAAUGAUUAUCUACCAUGGGCUAGAGCCACUAAAGUUGCUUGCACAGUUUUAGCAGCUUAAUGAACUUGAUCUUGUGCUGUAAAUUGUGACAGGCCCAUGACGAAUAUUGUGACCACUAGCUUUACUAAGGUUUCUGUCUAGUCUUAUCAGCCCUUAAGUGUUCCUUCUGAGGGCUCCAAAAUGUAGAUCAUUUUUAAAAUCUCAUCCAUUACCAGAGGACAUUUCCCUGCAGAGAUGAAAUGACUUGUAGCAUCGCAACACCUUAGAUGAUACGUGUUUUCUAUACUUGAGUGAAUCUUUAUAUUGAAUCUUUGUUUUGACCAAUUUCCUUAAGAACUCAAUUCCUUUGGCUUUGGUUUAAGAGAACCUUAUUUUUCUAACCCAACAGGACAGUUUUCUAUUCAUGGUUUCAUAAAGUUUUGUUUCGUUUCUGCAACCAUACACACUUUUAUACGUGACAUGAUGUAAUUGGCUUGGAUUGACAACCUCAACUGUAGCCUUUCAACACUUUACCUUACACUUCAUCAUCCAUAUUUAAAAUCUGAUUUUAGCAUGCAUGACCUUAGCAUAUGACUGUAAAUCGGUCUAUAAAUCGGUCUAGUAGAAUUUGUUGCAUGUAGUCCCUAAAAUAGAUUCUUUCAGUCCUUCUCUUAAAGCAUAAAGAAUGUUGCAAGUGUGUUACGGUUAUAAGUGUUGAGAAAUGUACAUGUUAACUGUGACUUUCACCAUUUUCUCAUGCAGUAAAUGGUUUUGAUGGAACAGAUCUCCCUUAUCAGAGUGUACUUCUGCCAUCUAGUGGCAAAGGUCACAUUUUCCUUUUUUUUUUCCCCCUUCACAGAUUUUAAUGUACCACGAAUGCAUGGUGCAACUUGAGCAAAAUGAAAAGUGCAAUUACAGUUUGUUGAUGGGAUCGUCCUUGCAGUCCUUUUCCAGGUUUCACAGAGUUUUAAAUCUCACAGUUUAUGCAAAUAACACUACAGGUUUGAUGUUGCACAGCUAAUAUAAUAUUGUUCUUAGAUCCUUGAACUCUUCUUGUGUAUGGCGGAGGGAAGAUCAACCAUCUACUGCUUUGCUACAUGACGACUGUGUCUAUCCCCCUUUACAAGCUUUGUAAAUCCUAACAAGUGCAGAUUUACACAACAGCAGCCCGGCUUCUUUAUCAUUUGAUCCAUUUUACUUUGUGCUUUAGAAAUCAGUGUAUAGAUGGAUUUUUGUUUGAUAAACAGGAGCUGGCUCCUUUAAGACUCUGGCAGUGUGGGAAACCUGACUGUGUAUGGAAUCAAGUUCAAACUAAGAUUUUUUUGGACAAGGUCUGAUUUGUAAAAUGUCUGGAUUGUAAUUGUGCGUAUUCCUUGUCAGGUGUCAGCUUUUGCUGAAUUGCUGCACUGUGUCUGCUUUGUUUAGCGUUGAUCUGUUGCAGUAUUUGUAUUGUUUGUCUCUUGACACUUUAUUGCUGCAGGUUGCUAGUAGUUGAGCUCCGGUGAUCGACCUGGCUUACUAACACACACAUGACAUGUCCUUAGAAAGUGUUUCGUGCAAACUGCAAUUUAUUACUACUGAAUCAACUUGAAUGUGGUCAACAUGACUGUUUCCUAGCCCUCUCUUAUUCCAUUCUUCUCUCUGUGACUUUUCUUUUAAUAGUAAAAAGUAAUUUUUCAUAAUGUUUUUAAUGAAAUCUUGAUGUGCUCUAUUUUGUUUGAUUUCACAUAUUUGAGUAUUUAGACUGUAAAACAACCAAAUAAAAUGAAGUAAACCUACAUAUUGUCACGAAUGAGACAUUUUGUUUUGUACAUGCUCUGUACUGCUGUUAUAAAGCGGUGGUUGCUUUGACACAACACUGCCUAAACAAUUGAAACGUUUCUUGGACUAUCCAUUUACUCGGUUUCCACACAGCUACUAAAUGUCAGCAAGGCCUUUCACAAGCACUGUGUCAAAAUAGAGAAGCAGUGGACCUGAUUGAACACAUUGCCGUGGCUUUCUCAGUAGCUAAAUAUGGUUUUGUGAAACUGAAAAAACUGUAAUUUACAUGUAUAGUUUUGUAUUUUAUGUAUCUGUACAUUUUUUUCCUCAGUAUUACUACGCUUUUAAGAGGUUGACUUUAAGUUUCUUAACUGAGAUGUAAGUGAUGUUGUUUCGUGUUUUUAAGGGGAGAUUAAAUGGAGCAAUAAAAUAAAAAUCUUGAUGAAACCA